GAUACUGAUACUGAUUCUGAUUCAAUUUAAUUGAUUGCUACUGCCGCAGAAAUCAGGGUCACACGUCUCAGUAUCACUACUCACUCAGUUUGAAUUCCAUGGCUAACACGCAACCACUCAAGGAUAGAGUCGCUAUCGUCACCGGCGCUUCACGUGGAAUCGGCCGCGCCAUUGCUCUCCACUUAGCUUCCCUCGGGGCCAGAGUUCUCAUCAACUACUCCUCCAACUCCGCCCUCGCUGAUUCCCUUGCCGCCGAAAUCAAUUCAGCCUCCGACGUCCGCGCUGCCACCUUCCAAGCCGAUAUCUCCGUUCCGGAGCAGGUCAAAUCGCUCUUCGACGCCGCGGAAUCGACCUUCUACUCAGAGAUUCACAUCCUCGUCAACUCGGCCGGCGUGCUGGAUCCGAAAUACCCCUCGCUCGCCGGCACCGACGUCCACGAUUUCGACAAAACCAUCGCAAUCAACACGCGAGGCGCCUUCCUGUGCUGCAAAGAAGCUGCCAACAGGAUAAAGCGCGGCGGUGGGGGUAGGAUCAUAUGCUUGUCUACCUCGGUGGUGGCGUCGCUGAAGCCAGGUUAUGUGGCUUACGCGGCGUCGAAGGCGGCGGUGGAGGCGAUGGUGAAGAUUUUGGCGAAGGAACUGAAGGGGACGGGGAUAACUGCGAACGCUGUGGCACCGGGAGCGGUGGCGACGGACAUGUUUUUCGCCGGAAAGUCGGAGGAGGCGAUAGAGAAGGCGGUGGCAGAGUGCCCGUUUGGGCGGCUUGGAGAGACGGAUGACGUGGCGCCGGUGGUUGGGUUUCUGGCAACUGAUGCGGGUCAGUGGGUAAACGGGCAGAUUAUUCGGGUCAAUGGUGGAAGUGCCAUUUAAAAUUUCGGGCUCGAUUAAAUAAAAUAUUCAAGGAUUUAUGGUGAGUAAUUCACUAAUCUGUAUGCAUGUAAUAUACUGGAUUUUACUAUUGAGAAUUACUAGUAGUUUAUAUAA